GGUCCCGAAGACGCCCGAGCGCGCGGCGGGAGAGGGCGCGGUGGGGGGCGGGGGCGGGACCGCGACGGGCGCUGAGCCGCCAUCUUGCCGUACGGCGCGGACGCCGCGGGCCGGCCCACGUCCCGAGCCGUGUCGCCGCCGCGCUCCCUCCCUCGGGGCGGUCCGCGGGCGGGCGGGCGGCGAGGGCCGGGGCCUGGCGGCGCGGCUGGGCCGAGGCCCGAGAUGGUGAUCUGCUGUGCGGCCGUGAACUGCUCCAACCGGCAGGGCAAGGGCGAGAAGCGCGCCGUCUCCUUCCACAGGUUCCCCCUGAAGGACUCAAAACGUCUAAUCCAAUGGUUAAAAGCUGUUCAGAGGGAUAACUGGACUCCCACUAAGUAUUCAUUUCUCUGUAGUGAGCAUUUCACCAAAGACAGCUUCUCCAAGAGGCUGGAGGACCAGCACCGCCUGCUGAAGCCCACGGCUGUGCCAUCCAUCUUCCACCUGACCGAGAAGAAGAGGGGGGCUGGAGGCCAUGGCCGCACCCGGAGAAAAGAUGCCAGCAAGGCCACAGGGGGCGUGAGGGGACACUCGACUGCUGCCACUGGCAGAGGAGCGGGUUGGUCACCAUCCUCAAGUGGAAACCCGAUGGCCAAGCCAGAGUCCCGUAGGUUGAAGCGAGCUGCUCUGCAGGGUGAAGCCGCACCCAGGGCGGCCCGGGAGGCUGCCAGCCAGGAGCAGGCCCAGCAAGCCCUGGAACGAACUCCAGGAGACGGACGGGCCACCACGGUGGCAGGCAGCCAGGGAAAAGCAGAAGUGUCUGCCACAGAUGCUGGCAAGGAGAGCCCCACCUCCUCCGUCGAAGGGGGUGUGGCAGAUAAGAGUGGCAUUUCCGUGGAGGACUUUACGCCCCCAGGAUCUGGUGCGUGCAAAUUUAUCGGCUCGCUUCAUUCAUACAGUUUCUCCUCCAAGCACGCUCGAGAAAGGCCGUCUGUGCCACGAGAGCCCAUUGACCGGAAGAGGCCGAAGAGAGAUGUGGAGCCGAGCUGCAGUGGGAGCAGCUUGGGGCCCGACAAGGGCCUGGCCCAGAGUCCCCCCGGCUCGUCACUCACCGCGACACCGCAGAAGCCUUCCCAGAGCCCCUCCGCCCCUCCUGCCGACGUCACCCCGAAGCCAGCAACGGAAGCCGUGCAGAGCCAGCAUAGCGACGCCAGCCCCAUGUCCAUCAACGAGGUCAUCCUGUCGGCGUCGGGGGCCUGCAAGCUCAUCGACUCACUGCACUCCUAUUGCUUCUCCUCCCGGCAGAACAAGAGCCAGGUGUGCUGCCUGCGGGAGCAGGUGGAGAAGAAGAACGGGGAGCUGAAGAGCCUGCGGCAGAGGGUCAGCCGCUCCGACAGCCAAGUGCGGAAGCUCCAGGAGAAGCUGGACGAGCUGAGGAGAGUGAGCGUCCCCUACCCGAGUGGCCUGCUGUCGCCCAGCCGCGAGCCCCCCAAGAUGAACCCGGUGGUGGAGCCGUUGUCCUGGAUGCUGGGCACCUGGCUGUCUGACCCUCCCGGAGCUGGGACCUACCCCACGCUGCAGCCCUUCCAGUACCUGGAGGAGGUGCACAUCUCGCACGUGGGCCAGCCCAUGCUGAACUUCUCGUUCAACUCCUUCCACCCGGACACACGCAAGCCAAUGCACAGAGAGUGUGGCUUCAUCCGCCUCAAGCCCGACACCAACAAGGUGGCCUUCGUCAGCGCCCAGAACACAGGUGUGGUGGAGGUGGAGGAGGGUGAGGUGAACGGGCAGGAGCUGUGCAUCGCAUCCCACUCCAUCGCCAGGAUCUCCUUCGCCAAGGAGCCCCACGUGGAACAGAUCACCCGGAAGUUCAGGCUGAAUUCUGAAGGCAAACUUGAACAGACAGUCUCCAUGGCAACCACUACACAGCCAAUGACUCAGCAUCUUCACGUCACCUACAAGAAGGUGACCCCGUAACGUAGAGCUUCUGGAGCCCUCAGGAGGGCCUGGCUGCCGCGUCUCAACGGUUCAGUUCCUCAGCAGAUGGUCCCUGCAGCAGAAGUGGGUGUGGCCGUGAGCCUCUCCAGGCUCGGGAGCGUUGUCCAGAAGGUCCUGUACUGGCAUAGAGAAACCAAAUAAAAGGCCUUUAUUUUUAUGGCUGAGCAUUUUGAAUAUUA